AACGCGUUUAUAGAACAUUCAAAUUCCAAAUUCGAAAAAUGUUUGCGUCCGGUAGUAGAACGAAAGAUGUCAUUGUCCCUUCAUCGACGACGCAUAGACCAUUAGCAUCAUCGACCAUAUUAACAAAAACAACCGCAACUACAUUGACACAGCGCCGCAUUAGCUCAACGGGUGGCGAAACGAUAAUUUCCGGCGCCACACUCACUGGACACCAAAGAUUGCCACAAAUGCGAUCAAAAUUCACCGAACGCAAGCCGACACCAGUUUCACGGACCGCUGUAGCGGUACGCACGCGCAGCCAAAUGCAAUCGGGCAACUCAAGCAAUAACACUCACCUAACUCCACGCGGCGAUGGCCGUAAAGUGAUGUCCGGUAUACCGACCAAUACAGCGGCGCGUGCCACCGCACGUCAGUUGCAACGGCAAGAGGCAGGAACAGCAGGAACGGCUGCAAAACAAAAUGAAGUCCACACUAAGAAGGAAGAGAAUAUGGAACAGCUUAAUCAUGCUGAAAUCGGUAUACAGACUAAUGAGCCGGAAAUACUUAAUCACGAUUUGAUCAUUGGUGACAUUAAAUUGCUGCCACCGAAGGCAAGCAUUAUCGCAGAAAUCGAACGACAGCAAAAUGAGACGCGCAAGAAGUUGCUACUGAAGGCGCAGCGUAAGUUUGAGGGUCACUCGGUGAAGCAGGAAGAGCAUUUGACUGAUUUGAAGGAGUUUCUCGAAAAGUCUGCAAUCACAAGACGUUCGCGCAAAUCAAAAGUAACCAUCGAAGUGGAUAAAAAACUCAUAAAAUCCAUGGAUGAAAUACUGAAUAAGAGUGUGCCAAAAACUGAAUCUAUAACAGAUAUUAAAGGGCGUAUCAAGAAAAAGGAACAAGAAUUGCUAACACUUUUCGACACUGUUGAAAAUUUGAAAGUGUGAUACAAUUAAAAUCAAUAAAAUAAACUUCCUGGUAGACGAGGUUCUUUAGUAAAUCGAAGUCUUAGGGCUGGAGGUUCUCUCUGUUAAGAAUCUGCGGUAAAUGGGAAAAAUAUUUAAUUUUGAUUUUAACAGGCAUCUUUGGCAUCCCCCGGAGAUAUUGAAGAGGGGGUUUUUUAGAAAAGACACAAGUCGAUUUUUUUUAAAUCAGCUUAAUGGACAUACAUAUGUACAUAUCGUCACCUUAAUUCACAAAGGCCCUAAGCAACAUUUUUUUUAUUUUGCAGGAGAACUAUGAAACAUUAUAAAAUGAGUA